GAGAUUAAUCAAAUACUACCAUGAUCUCUAUUUCAACCCUCAUUAUCAGCGCCUGUCUGGCUGUGUUCUCAGUAUGGUUAUUUGCAGAUUACUUUAUUCUCUGGAGAGCAAAGAUAAAGUCACAUUUUGUUUGGAACGAGAUGGACAUUUACUGGUCCCUUGUCUGUUUGCUACCUAUCCUAUUGGGUCACUUCAUCACCAUCUGGGGGAACUACUUCCGCGCAACGAACCAUUUCCAGCAUUCAAUCUCAAAAGUCACCACUCCUGCAACAGAGAAGCAGCGCAUCUCGUUCUGGGAGCGCCAUGAUUCAUACUUUGGGUACACGACCAAGUUUUGGUGGCUGGUCGGUCUGGUCGUCACAAUGAACAUUUACUGGUUCAUCCUGACAACGGUCCUGAGCAGGGAUGCGUACGUCGAGACCUAUGGUUAUAUCCAGGGCAAUCUCCGUUCCAUCGCCUAUGGUAGUUCUCAAGCUGUACUGCUUGAUACAUCCCUCAUCCUCUUCCUGGUGCUCCGUCGGUCGAUGCUUCAUGCCCUCGGCUUUACUUAUCCAGAGAUUAUCCCUCUCCAUCGUUGGCUUGGUGUUUCCAUGCUUGUCUGGUCUACAAUCCAUGUAGCAUUUUAUAGCGCCUGGCUGAUCAUGGAAGGCAAGUUUGUCAGCGACAUUGCAUUCACUGAUAAGUCCCGUGGUACCCGCAACAUGCCUGGAGUCUUUGCAUGGAUCGGAGUCGUUAUAAUGUCCUUCUUUGCGCUGCCCCAAUUCCGUCGAUGGGUUUAUCCAGUCUUCGUCUACGUCCAUCGGGCAGGCACUUUUGUUUUCUUCAUUGGUCUCAUUAUGCAUUACCCUUCGUACAUGCUUUGGUACUACAUGCUUCCAGGAUUCAUCCUCUUCCUUAUCGACCGCUUCGUCCCUAGGAUCAUCCAAGCACGUACAAUCGAUCCCAUGGCCACCUGUGCUCUUAACACUGACGCCGACAUCAUCCGUGUCAAGUUUACAUCACCAGAACCCAUGAAGCCAUAUUAUCCCGGUGAUUACAUUACAGUUCAGAUCCCUGGUAUGGGCCAGAUCUUUCAUCCAUUCACUAUUGCCUCGUACUGGCCCGAGGACCCUUACUCCAUGACCCUGUAUAUGCGUGUCUUUAAUGACUCCAAAUGGAGCUGGACCAAGAAGCUUUCCGAACGCUGCGGUACGGAUGACAGACCCAUUCUGAUCCAUACCAAUGUCGAAGGUGUCUUUGGUGACCGUCGUCAUGACUAUCUCAAGUCUGAAACCAUGGUCAUCUUCGUUGCCGGCGCUGCCAUCACAACCUUUAUGGCCUUGAUCAAAGCCGUUGCUGCCCAAAUAGCUGCUUCAAAUGACCCGCUCCGCAUGCAGCUUCACUUGGUUUGUACAUUUCGCACCCGCAGUGAGCUCCAUGCCUACGGGUCAUUUUUGCAUCAGAUCACACGCGAUCCUCGUUUUACCUCUUGGCUACAUGUUCAAAUAUUUGUCUCUCGCCCUGACAAGCCCAAGACUCUGAUGGGUGCCCAUGCUUACGUUGUCAAGAACGAUAUCCAAGUUCCAAGCCAAAUCAAGAAAAAAGAUGGCAAGAAUUUCCUCCAGCGUACCGGAACCAGACUAAAGCGCGCUCUUUCGGGCCGUACUGCAGUCAAUGCCCCCGCACCCAUCAUGACGUCUGUGGUAGUGGAGAAUGCUGGCGAAAGUUUGGAGCGAUUCAGCUCUGCAAAGCCCACUGCUGAAACACUAGACGACAUGAAGAGAAAUCCUUCAAUUGCUGCUGUUAUGAUUGACCCUUCAUCCAUGUCUCCAUCAUCUUCACCCUCAAUCGAAAUAAAUCCCAUUUCUGAAAAGCCCAGCAGAGCCAUGACAUACCAUGACCAAGCUUUGCCAACGUUUCAGGCUUCGAAUGCGGAUGCAGUCUCCAAGAGGCUGGCCCUACUGGACCUCUUUACAAGUGCAUUGUUAGUUCUUGUGCCCAUGGCCUUUUACUAUGGUAUGCGUGCUGCCCGGUUCGAGGGCCAACCGCAAUGGUGUCUAACUACCAAGAGCAAAGACAAGUGGACAAUCUUUGUCUGCCAUUGGACAAAUGCCUUAGUCCCUGGUCUUGUUCAUACAAUCGCCAUGCUUGCUCUUGGCUACUUUGGCAUUGCUGUAGCCAAGAAGAUCCAUAUGCGUCACCACCAGUGUGCUUCUAACAACAUCGCCAAGGAUAUUGAAAUAUCUGGGGCUCAUUCCGAGAAGCAAUCGGUUGAGGGCGGUAACUGGGAUGAAGGAGAUGUCGUCUACACACGAGGCCGUAUGGAUGUCCGUAAACAGAUCCAAGCCCUGGUGGAUCAGGGUGUGGGUAUGAAAGAAAAUGGAGAAGGGCUGACUACUGUCUUUGCUGGUGGGCCCGAGGGUUUUGUUAACAUGAUUGAGAACCAGGUCAAGAAGGCAGCGUGGGUCGUCGAUUUUAAUCGUGAAACUUGGGCACCUUGAACGAAAAAAAAAGAACAACAAUGCCGCAUCCUUUGUAUAAUAUCGACUAUAAUUCGCUUCAGUAUAUAUUUCACAGUAUUUUU